UCGUGUAUUGGUUUACGUGUCAACAUGGCGGUAAAAAAGUUUGUUUUAAAAAUAAGCUUUCUUCUGGGACUUUCUGCAAUCAUUCGGGCAGAGGAGGCAUGUUAUAACUACGGAGGUGGAGAUGUAUAUCCCCAAGAAAGUCGAGCUAGGGGUAACCAUGCAAUGCAUUGGAGCAAAGCCCUCAUCUCUAAACCAGCCCCUGAUUGGGAAGGUACAGCUGUCGUAAAUGGAGAACUGAAAGAUCUGAAACUGUCAGACUACAAAGGGAAAUAUUUGGUUUUCUUCUUCUACCCUUUAGAUUUCACAUUUGUGUGUCCAACAGAGAUCAUAGCAUUUAGUGAUAGAGUGGAGGAGUUUAGAGCUAUCAACACAGAAGUCGUGGCUUGCUCCGUUGAUUCACAAUUUACUCAUCUAGCAUGGAUCAAUACUCCAAGAACCCAGGGUGGUCUGGGACCAAUGAACAUACCCCUUCUGUCAGAUCUCACUCAUAAAAUAUCUAAGGAUUAUGGCGUCCUAUUGGAAGAUGCUGGUCACACUCUCAGAGGGCUGUUUAUCAUUGAUGAUAAGGGUGUACUACGACAGAUCACGAUGAAUGACCUUCCCGUGGGAAGAUCAGUGGAUGAGACACUACGUCUUGUGCAGGCGUUCCAGUACACAGAUAGCCAUGGGGAGGUUUGUCCUGCUGGCUGGAAACCUGGUCAAGAUACAAUUAUUCCAAAUCCUGCUGACAAACUCAAGUACUUCAACAAGAAAAACAAUGAAAAGUGACACACUCAAACAAUGAAAAGUGACACACUCAAACAAUGAAAAGU